CGUCCGCGCCGUCCAUCGUCUUGGACGGCGCGUGAAAAGACGCAGAAGAAUAUUGGGCGCGAUUAUCUCGUGGAGCUCGGGAAGAACGACACCGGGAACACGAAUACAAACGUCGGCGCCCGACAAGGUGUAGUGGACGACGUCUUCACGCGCAACGCCACUGGCGAGUUUCAACUCGGCGCUGAUUCCGACAUCGCGAGCGGCGAGCUUCGGUACCGGUAUCAAGAGGCUAGAAAGUUUAAAAAUUUAGUCGGCGAUUACCACUGUCCACCGGCUUUCAUGGAGAAGGUGAGCGGGCACUUGGUGAAGAACUUUUUAUUUGGCGGCGGCUUGCGACACGUGCGAGAGAUGACAAACGAAGCCGGAGUCGUGGUUCAACCGCCUAACACCCCGCUGAUUUUGGGUGUUUGGGGCGGCAAGGGUUGCGGGAAAUCGUUUAAUUUGGAACUUGCGUGUAAAGCCAUGGGUGUGACGCCGAUCAUCACGAGCGCUGGUGAGUUGGAGGACGAAAACGCCGGCGCGCCAGGGCGGUUGAUUCGCGAGCGAUACAAGCGCGCAGGAGAAAUUUUGCGACGCACGGGGGUGAUGAGCUGUUUAAUCAUCAACGACGUCGAUGCUGGUAUUGGAUGGUUCAAGGACACGCAGCACACGGUGAAUAACCAAACCGUGUGUGGCACGCUAAUGAAUUUGUGUGAUCACCCAGAACUCGUCAGUCUUGGCGAAGAUCGCGGCGAAGAUGGCAAAAAUUUGCAAACUGCGCGCGUGCCGAUCAUCGUUACAGGAAACGACUUAUCAACGGUCUACGCGCCAUUGUUGCGCGAUGGAAGAAUGGAUAAGUGGUACUGGAAUCCUAGUCGAGACGAUAUCUGUGACAUCGUGCACGCACUUUUCAAGGACGAAGUGGACUGGUCUCCAGACGCCACAGCGCGUCUAGUCAAUGCGUUCCCGGGUCAGCCGUUAGACUUUUUUGGUGCCGCGCGGGCCAAAGUAUACGACGACGCCGUAUCACGUUGGAUGUGCGAGGUC